AUGGAAGAAGGAGAGAAUGAAGUAGAAAAACAUCAUCGUCAACUGUACGACGAGAACGACUACGAAGUGAAAAUGUCAAACGCAAACUCCAAUCCUUAUCCCAUUAAAUAUAAAACAAAUUUUAUGUUCUCCAUGUAUUGGGAGUUUUUGCAACCCGUGACGUGCAACGCCAUACUUUACAUCACCGUCGUAGAGCACGGAAAAAAGAAGAAUGAAGCCACCAAAGCAUUUGCUUUCGAUAUGAAAAAGACGAUGAGAACUAUUCAGAAUUGCACCAUCGAUAAGGAAGCUUACUAUUCUUGUUUGGAGAAAGAUCCUAUGAAAAAGAUGAAAAACGGAAACAACAUUCAACCGGGAAGUAUGUACGCAUGCUGCAAAUUACCAAGCAUGUUCAAACCGGGAUAUUACGACGUGUUCAUCGAGUUUAAGAGGAAUGCAGCCGUAACAUCUUGCUACAAAUUGUCAAACGUGGAGGUCAUAAAUUAA